AUGGAGCGAAGGCCUGCAGCCCGCAGCCCCACAGAGCUUUGGGCACCGGGCUACAUCUGGGGCGGGGAGAACGGUGGUGGCAUCUCUCUUUCUGUUCCCUGGGGAUCCAGGCGCCAGUAUCGGGAAGUCCUUACUAGAGAAAGCGCAGCCUCGGCUCUGUGUGUUUUGAGAGUGUAUAUGUCAUUUGUCAGAGUGCAUCGUUACGGUCCCCGGGGAGGCGGAAGAAAAGCACUGAAAGUAAAGAAGAAGAAAACUUCGGUGAAACAAGAAUGGGAUAUCCGCCGUCAUGAAAUACACAAGUCGAAGAAUAGAGCAUUAGCACACUGGGAACUCCAAGAAAAAGCUCUGAAAAGAAGAUGGAAGAAGCAGAAACCAGAAACUUUGAAUCUUGAGAAAAGAAGAUUGUCUAUCAUGAAGGAGAUUCUUUCUGAUCAAUACCAGAUGCAGGAUGUGUUGGAGAAAUCUGAUCAUUUGAUGGCUGCAGCAAAAGAUUUGUUUGUUGAUUUUCCUCGUAGACGCACAGGGUUUCCAAACAUAACAAUGGCUCCUGAUUCCUCACAGGGUCCCAUUGUGGUAAAUCAAGAUCCUAUCACCCAGGCUAUUCUUAAUGAAUCUGUCAUAGAACCUCAGGCUCUUAAUGAAGUAGAUGAUGAAGGAGAAGAAGGAACGGUUAAUAGCCAAUCAGGAGAAAGCGAGAAUGAGUUGGAUAGCUCUCUAAACUCUGAGCCUAAUAUGAAUACAGACAGGUGUGUAUAUAUGGCGUAA